AUGUCCCGCCACUUUCUUCGCACGGCCAUGACCUGUCUCUCACAGGACGAUUUCCUUCUCAGACAUAGGUUCAGCACAUUUGAGGCUCUAUUGAUGGUUAUAUACAACCUUUCUCACAAUGAGUCACUCGACCAAGGGUGGGCUCUACUGGGAAUGGCACUGAAUAUUGGCAUUGCAUUACGGUGCAAUGUGGACCAGAACUCGAAUCCUAUCGACACUGAACGAAGGCGACGGUGUUGGGCCGGCUUACUGACCUUGCAUACAUAUCAGGGGAUACUGUUCCGAGAUGUUGAUAUGUCGUUUCUGCUGAACAUCAAGGCAUCCCUCCCUACAGAUGUUGAUGAUGCGAAUAUCACAGAAGACGGCAUUUCACAGACCCGAAACCAUCAGGGUUCUACCCAAAUGACAAUGAUGAGGUACAAGAUUCGACUUUUCCAAUUGUCCGUCGAGAUUUGUCGCCAUAUCUCAGGCCCUGCACGCCUGAAUCAAGAUUCACUUCGCUCUUUCGACCGAGCUAUCGCCGAGGAACAGCAGCAAUGGGACUUGAUGUAUACAAUUGAUGGAUUUCCGAACAUCCUGAACUCUACCAGUUAUGCGCACUGGUCCGUGCUGCAAACAUAUGCUCACCACUUAUAUCUCUUGAUACACCAGCCAUUCUCUCACUCAAAGUCGCUCCAUUUUCUUCCAGAGUCACAAAAGAGGUGCAUCAACUCUAGCAUAUCCUUGCUAUUUAUUCAUAAACAAAUUUUUGAAGCACCAUUGCUUCGAAACUAUCUCUGGUUGCUCAGCGGGGUAACUAGUCUCAAAGCGCUGCACGCAGCUGUGGCACUCAACUCGUGUAUCCAAGACCUAGCAUCCGUCAGCAACUCGGGACAUGACUUGGAAGCAUACAAACUGGAAAUUGAAGGACUGGCUACUCGGAUGAAGAGUCUUUCUGAUAGAAGCGACAUUUGUUUCAGGGGAUGUCGGAUGAUCGCACAUUUACAGGCCCAAGCUCGUGAGAAGGAUAUAUCCGACGGAGGCUUGGCUGGUCUAUCAGAGGAGACACUUGAAGGAUGGUUCGAUAUCCGAGAUUGGAUGGAUGUUGAUCCGUCAGUUUGGGGUAUAACUUGGAAGAUGCUCUGA